UCGAACACAUCUCUGAUGACAUCAUCUCUCCGCGACGGCAUGUAGACAACUUGCAGCACUGAUCUUGGGGACAUGACUUUUCUGUGAGAUUGAUUCUGGGAAGUUUAUUUGUACGUUAGAAUCGCAGAACUCUGAAGUGUCAUUAUGAUUGCGGUUUCAAGAUUUGCUGUCAGAUGUCAUAACAACGUGUGCAGGUAUGUGGCCAGGACAUUGGCAACACAAACCGAUGGCGAAGUAAGAAUUGCAAGUGUAUUAAAAGAUAAAUUUCCUCAAGCUACAUCUCUGAAGGUGGUAGAUAUAUCCGGUGGCUGCGGAGCUAUGUAUGAAAUACAUAUAGAAUCUGAGGAAUUCAAAGGUAAAAGACCAGUGCAGCAACACCAGCUCGUGAAUCAGGCACUAAAGGAUGAGAUCCAAGCCAUGCAUGGUCUUCGAAUAUUCACUGGUGUCCCGGGAGAGUAGAAACCAGCUUGUUAUUUUGAACUCCGAAAUGUGUGUUUGAUUGAGGAUUCCACAGUGUCCGAAGCAAAUAUUUAUGAUUCGCCGCACAGUGUUGCUUCCUGUCCUGUUUUUAAGACUCUGUAGUUUUUCUGUUCAUUCAUGCCUGAAAAAAAUAUAUAAGUGAAUAGUUUAGUUCACUUUAUGUUGCUAAACUGAAUUGAGAAGUAAAAUUUAGUUUGUCAAAUUAUAUAUUGAAGUCUAUUGACAGCUGGAAAGGGGACUGAAUUCAUGGGUCUCAUCAGGUCCCUUGCUACAGGUGUAUUAAUCAAGGUGCUUGAUUUUAUACACCUGUGGAAAGGGAUUUGAUGAAACCCAUGAAUAAAAUUGGACUGGACAGCAUUCAUCAAUUCUCAGACAUUAAUUUUUCCUCCAUUACUGCCCCUCUGCAGUGAGAUACAGUGGACUAUUUAUGAAAUGAAAGUGACCUACAACGCUACUAUACGCACAAGCUCUAUGCUGUAGAAUCCAUGCUGUUAUUUAGUCAGUUACCAAAGAUGACAAGGGUCAUUCCACAUCAUUUCAGAUACAGGCAUUCAACACACCAUCUCAAAAUGUACUGAUAUUUUUCUUGGUCUUGAAGUCUUAGUCUCUCUGACAUGACUAAUCCUAAAAUUAGGUUUGUGCUCCCAAGCUCAUGUCAGCGUGUGUUCUUCAAAGACAAAAAAUAUCAGCCAAUUCUGAAAUUGUGGGAUGUAAAGGUUUUCCCAAUUUGACUUAUAUGACCCGGAAUGACCCUAAAGGUAGGCUACAUGUUAUUCACUGGUUACUGCUGGCACAUAAGCAUCAUUCUUCAAGUCCGUCCAUAUUGGCCUUUCCCUGGUCAUGUGAAAUGUUAUGCUUUGCAGCACUUGUUUAGACCAGUGACUCAUUGAACAGUUAAUUCACCCAUAACAAACAGUAGCAGCUGCAAAGAUUGUAUAUUGUUAUUCAUAACAUGUACAUGUGGAGAGUAAAGUUAUAUUGCGUCAAAA